AUGUCAACUUCUGAACAGAAACCACUGGAGUAUUUGACCUUUCUUUCGAAACCUUCGGGUAGACAUGAAGGCAAACAGCACAUAAUUAUUGUUGGUGCAGGUAUUAUUGGUGUUUGUACGGCAUAUUAUAUAGUCAAACAUCCCAAAUUUGAUCCUGAAAAACAUCAUAUAACUAUAGUUGAAAGUAAAAGAGUAGCAGGUGGGGCUAGUGGGAAAGCUGGGGGGUUAUUGGCGUUAUGGGCAUUCCCAGAACAAAUUGUUUCGUUGUCAUUUGAUUUACAUCAACAAUUAUCAAAUCAAUAUAAUGGGGCAGAAGAAUGGGGCUAUAGAAGAUUGACUACUGUUUCGUUAGAAGGUGAUAUUUCUCAUUUGAAAGAUGAUAUAGAGGAAGAAGAAGAAGGAGAUGAGGAUGGAAAUGGAACUUUCGUUGAAUUCACAUAUAAACAAUCCGUACAACAUGAUAAUGACUCUUCUUCUUCCACUAAUGAGAAACCACCAAAGAAAACAGCACGUCGUUCAUCCUCCGUAUCAGGAUCAGAAACAGUAAAGAAUAAAUUGCCAGAAAAUUUGAACUGGAUAAAUUCGGCAUUAAUUGAUAAUUGUUCUACAUUAGGUGGAACGGAUACAACAGCACAAGUACAUCCUUAUAAAUUUACAAAUUUUAUGCUUAAAGAAGCAGUUAAAGAUUCAAAGGGAGCUCUUGAGUUAAUACUUGGAAAAGUCAGUGAAAUAACUUAUUCAUUAGAAACUGGUUCCGCGACUGGGAUUAAAUAUCAACCAACAUCAGUUAAAAGUGAUGAAACUAAUAAAACAAUAGCAUUAGAAGGUGAUCAGAUUGUAUUAUCCGUAGGUCCAUGGACAUCCAGAAUCUUGCCAGAUUGUCCAAUUUCUGGAUUACGUGCACAUUCAAUCACAAUUGCUCCAUUCAAAGAUCAACCAGUGAGUCCAUAUGCAAUUUUCACUGAAUUUAAGACAGGUCCAUAUAAUUAUAUUUCUCCAGAGAUAUAUGCUCGACAAGACGAAGUAUAUGUAUGUGGGGAGGGUGAUUCUGCUGUAGAUGUUCCAGAGACUACUGAUGAUGUGGAAGUUGUUAAAUCAAAAUGUGAUGAAUUAUUUAAACAAGUUGGAAAAGUGUCACCAAAUUUGAGAAAGGGUAAAAUACUAAAGCGACAAGCAUGUUACUUACCCGUAUUGGAUGUUCCAUCUUCUAGUGGACCCUUGAUUGGAGAAACAAAUGUGUGCAAUUUAUACCUUGCUUCUGGACAUUCGUGUUGGGGGAUCAACAAUGCUCCAGGAACAGGUAAGAUUAUGAGUGAGUUAUUAUUGGAUGGUGAUGUAACAUCGGCGGAUAUUUCCAGUUUAGAUCCUUCCUUAUAUUUUGAUGCGAGUGUAUUGGUGGAUGAAGAGUAUGAAGAAGAAAUAGAAGUGGGACUUGAUACUAACUUCGAAGAGAAGAGGGAACUUGAUCCAAAGGUGGUUUCAGCUCAAUCAUAA